AUGGCUCUUUUUCCUUCUAAAGUUGGCAACAAAGCGCGCAAUAUCCAACCCGACGUGAAGAAGGUGUUGGAAUCAAGGUCCGUAGAACACAAGGAAGAGAGGGAAGGCGCAGUCACAUGCACUACAGCAAUGAAAAAUCUUUUGCGCAAUUUGCAUUGA